AUGGAGAUUGUGUACGUGUAUGUCAAGAAGCGCAGCGAGUUCGGGAAGCAAUGCAACUUCUCCGACCGCCAGGCAGAGCUGAACAUCGACAUACCGCCCAACCCUGAGCUGGCCAAGCAAUUCGUGGAGCGGAACCCCGUGGACACGGGCAUCCAGUGCUCCACCAGCAUGUCGGAACACGAGGCCAACACAGAGCGGUUUGAAAUGGACAGCCGGGGGGUCAAUCACGUCGAGGGGGGCUGGCCCAAGGAUGUGAGCCCCCUGGAGCUGGAGCAGACAAUCCGCUUCCGGAAGAAGGUGGAGAAGGAUGAGAACUACAUCAACAGCAUCACGCAGCUGGGCUCGAUCGUGGAGCACUGCAUCAAACAGAAUAAUGCCAUUGACAUCUACCAGGAGUAUUUUGAGGCCGAGGAUGCGGUGGAGGUGAUGGAAGAGGCCCCUUCAGCUAAAACCGUCAAUGUUUUCAGGGAUCCCCAGGAAAUUAAGCGGCCAGCCACACACAUCUCCUGGCACCCCGAUGGCAACAGGAAGUUGGCAGUGGCGUACUCUUGCUUGAAUUUUCAACGGGCACCUGAGGGCAUGAGCAACGAAUCGUACAUCUGGGACCUGGAAAACCCCAACAGGCCAGAAAUUGCCCUAAAGCCGUCUUCUCCUCUUGUCACCUUGGAAUACAACCCCAAAGAUUCCCACGUGCUCCUGGCAGGCUGCUACAAUGGGCAGAUCGCCUGCUGGGACACCCGGAAGGGCAGCCUGGUGGCAGAGCUGUCCACCAUUGAGUUCAGCCACCGAGACCCUGUUUACGGCACCAUCUGGCUGCAGUCGAAGACGGGCACCGAGUGCUUCUCGGCAUCCACCGACGGGCAGGUCAUGUGGUGGGACGUCCGGAAGCUGAGCGAGCCCACCGAGGUCGCCGUCAUGGACGUCACCAAAAAGGGACAGCUGGAGCAUGCCCUGGGGGCCGUCUCCCUGGAGUUCGAGCCUACUCUGCCGACCAAGUUCAUGGUGGGCACGGAGCAAGGCGUCGUCAUCUCCUGCAACCGCAAGGCCAAGACGUCGGCUGAGAAGAUCGUGUGCACCUUCGCAGGCCACCACGGCCCCAUCUACGCCCUGCAGCGAAACCCGUUUUACCCGAAGAACUUUCUGACCGUCGGCGACUGGACCGCCCGCAUCUGGUCAGAAGACAGCCGGGAGUCGUCCAUCAUGUGGACCAAGUACCACAUGGCUUAUCUCACUGAUGGCGCCUGGAGCCCGGUAAGGCCAGCGGUCUUCUUCACCACCAAGAUGGACGGGACCUUGGACAUCUGGGACUUUGUGUUCAAGCAAUGUGACCCCGCCCUCAGCCUGAAGGACAAUGGCUGUUUCAUUGCCUGUGGCUCCCAGCUGGGGACAGCCACGCUGCUGGAUGUCUCGAGUGGGCUGUGCACCCUCCAGAGGGAUGAGAAGAGCAUGGUUUCCUCGAUAUUUGAGCGUGAGACCCGGCGGGAGAAGAUCCUGGAGGCCCGGCACCGUGAGAUGCGACUGAAGGAGAAGGGCAGGGCGGAGGGCAAGGUUGACGACCUGAGGGAGGAGGAGCCUGCCUUGAACCUGGAGGAGCUGGUCACCAAGGCCGAGGAGGAGUUCUUUGAUGUUAUCUUCACGGAGCUGAAGAAGAGGGAAGCGGAAGCCACGAAGGAGCCCAAGCGCCACGACGGGGACCUAGUGAACAUGCAUGUGACCCGGGCUACAUGA